UACGACCACCACAACACCCACAACCACAACAACAACAACCACAACACGCACAAUGCCUGCGGUGAGUGCUGCGGACGGGCCAGUGGCCGUGACGGGGGCCAGUGGCUACAUUGGGUCGUGGAUUGUGCAAGACUUGGUGGAGCACGGAUACACGGUGCACGCGUGCGUGCGGGAUGUGAAGCGCCCGGAGAAGGUGGACCACCUGCUCGCCUUGAACGGGAAGGAAGGCUGCACGGGCCAAGUGAAGUUGUUUGCGGCGGACCUGUUCAAGGAGGGCAGCUACGACGACGCCUUUGCUGGGUGCGCUGCCGUUGUGCACGCCGCUGCCGCUGUUGGCUACAACAAGGAGACGCCACAGGAGGUGUAUGAUGGCUGCUUCACGCAGAACAAGCACGUGGUUGACGCUGUGAACAAGGCCGGGACGGUGAAGCGGUUUGUGUUCACGAGCUCCGGCGCAGCGGUCGUGCACCCGCAUGCAGAGGGCUACGUGUUUACGGAGAAGGACUGGUGCGACCAAGACCGCGACCCAGAGAAGUGGCGCGAGGCAGACAUUCCCACCAAUAGGGACCUGGCGUAUGCGAUGGCCAAGGCAGCGACGGAGCGCAUGAUCAACGAGCUGUCUGCCAAGGAGGAGACGACGUGGGACGCCGUGUCCACGAUGCCGUCGCACGUCAUCGGGCCGCUCAUGUGCGCCAACCAUGACCAGGGCUGGAGCUGGCAGAACUGCAUCAAGCAGAUGCUGCAGGGCAAGCCGUACACGAAGGUGGCAGGCGGCCGCAUGCUGUGGAACAUCGUGGACGUGCGUGAUGUCGCCAUUGGCCACCGCCUGUGUCUGGAGAGCAAGACCAUCAAGCCGGGCUCCCGCUACCUGCUGUGCGCCGCCGACCCCUCAUACGAGCUCUUCACGUGGCAGCUGCAGAAGCGCAUGCAGGAGCUGUUCCCAGACAUCCCCGUCAUUGGCGGGGAGGAGAUGGAGGGCGACAAGCCCGCACAGCCCGUGCCAAACCCGCCCUUUGUCUACUGCACACUGGCCAAGGAGGAGCUUGGCUUGAAGCCCAUCGACGUCAACACCACCAUCAAGGACACGGGCCUCUCCCUCCAGCGCCUCAACCUUCUCUGAUCCCACUGCUUUCAUUCGCUUUCUUGUGCAACAAGCGCAUACUCACGCAGCCAGGGCUGUUGCUGUUUGUGCAGUGACCUGUGCAGCGUGUGCAGUUGCUCAAGCAGUUACACCUCCUCCUACCAUUGACGUGUUCUUGCCUCAACUCCACUGUGCAACGUGGGACUUGCAGUGCCAGCGUGGCACUUGCUUCUUGUUUGUUUUGUUUGCUCUCUCUUUUUGUUUGUUUUUUCAUUUCCACACCAAACAAAGUCCUCCCACCAAACAACAAAGCUGAGAUCGAUCGGUCAAGCUGAAGCAGCAGACAGU